AUGGACCAACAAACAAAGAACUCUGAGAGCCAGCCUGCGCGUGGAAGGAGCGAUCUUGGCGACAAUGUAUCAUCCGAUGUGGUCAAUCCACAGUCCUCGCAAUCCAACCAUUACUCACUCCCAAUUAAGCCUAACUGGACCGAAGUCAGCGAUACUCAACCUACUAAGACCAAGGAGACUUUCGGUUGUUCCGCUAUUUCCUCUCUCGAGCCUAAACAAGCACCUACCUUCCACAAGUUUCCCCAACUUCCCAUUGAGCUCCGACUUAAGAUGAUGAAGUUUGUCUUGCCUGACCUGAGAGUUAUCGAAAUCUUGUGGGACCAAAAGAGACAUGAAUACUAUACCAACUGCAAGGUUCCUGCAAUUCUUCAUGUAAACAAAGAAUUCAGGGAGGAAGGUCUGAAGACGUAUUCUCUUUUCAUCGUCGACAACAACACCACACAGAGUACUGAAGACGUUACUGGAGGCGGUUUCAAUGUGUGGAAUGCUUUGUUCGGCCCUGCGCCAGUACCUGGCCAGGUGACCUCGACCUCGGAUACGACCACCAUGGCAUCUGCUUCCGCCACUCGCAAUCCCAACCUCGCAGCACAAGCCAAUGAAGGAGGAGCUGAGCUUGUACAGAAGCCUUUAGGAUCGUAUAUCGACUUCGGACAUGAUAUGAUUUAUGUGUGUCUCGAGCGAUAUUUCGAGGAGUGGCAAUGCAGGAUGAAGAUCAGAGACUUCUUGUUAAGCAUCAAUGCUGAGACAGCGGCCAAAAUCCAACAGAUCGCUAUUAGGCCACAACGAUUCUCAUUCAAUAUGAUCUUUCAGGCUCUGUCGAUGUUUCCAAACCUACGUCUUUGCGCAGCAGUGAACUCGGACGUCUGUCAGUCAUUUGCUAACGGAGACCCCCACCUUGUGAAUCCAGCUCCAUAUCUCCCAGCGAUCGGUUUCAAGAAUGUCUGUCGGGAAGGAAAUAUUCGAACGAAGCGAUGGUCUGUGUUGGAGAGACGAACAAUGGGUAUUCUCACGCAGCAAACCUACAAAGACUUUGAGGAUCAGAUGGCUGAGUUGAAGCGACGAAGUGAACCGCUGGGUUUGGACAGAGAGUGGAUGGCUAGGUUGAAUUUCUGCAUGAUUAAUAUCAUGAGAAAGGGAGAUUGAGAAGCCGUGGGAAACAUCUAGGCAUAGCCAAUGCGCGAG